AUGGGCUGGUACCAGAUCUGGCGCGGCGCCCGCAGCCUCUCGGUGGUGGCGGUGCUGGACGGGGACCCAUGGUGGCCUUGCCGUUCGAGGGUCGUUCAUCCUGCGCAGCCACGGCCGUCGACCAGGAUGUGGGGAGGGCGGGAGGCACAGCAACAGCCAGCGGCGGCGCCCCCUGCGAAACAAGUGGUGCACCGGCGGCCUUGUCCUGGUGAAGCUCCAGACUCGGCCUCGCUCGGAGCAGCGGUCGAGGUCGAGGAUGUGGAUGCGGCGCGCGCCCUCGACGGCGCCGGCAGCGAUGUCGUGCACACCGGGCCCUGGCGUCCGUCCCGUGGCCUCACUGCUGCCGACGCAACCCGAGAGGCCCGCCUCGCGUCCUCCGUCGCCGCGGCGCUCGGCCGACGCGCCGUCCCCGACGGGGACACCGCACUCCAGCUCGCGGUCCGGCUCCAGCUCCCCUCCAUGGCCUCUGUGCUCGCCGCCGCGGGGGCGGACCCCACCCUGCAAAACCACGCCGGGUGGACCCCCCGCUCCAGGAGGCGCUCUGCCUCGGGUGUAGAGACCAACGCGGGCGGCCGCGGACGGCCCCCGGGCUCGCUGCUCGUGCUCCACCGCCACAUCCGACGCGUCCGCCUACCGGCCGGGCCGACGUCGUCCUCAUCCAACACGGAUACGUCGCUGCUACGGCGCGGGACACCACCUCCACCUUCUCUCGCCAUCCUCGGCGCCGUCGACCAUGUCGUCAUCGGGCCGGAGUCGCUCGAUGCGUCCAUCCCACCAAGCCGCCGAACCCGCCGCAUCGAGCGAGGAUGCCUCGCCACAGCCACCACGAGCCGCCCCCCGCUCGCCUGCUGCUGCGGAUGCGGCUGCGCGGCGCUGUGCUACUACCCUACAUUCAUCUCGGCCCCGCCCAGCUCCACCGCGUCCGACCACCUCCUCCUCAGCUCCCUGGCGCCCGCCCAGCCUCCGCCACAGCCACAGCCCCCAGGCCCAGCCGGCGCCGGCACACCGCCGUCGCCUCCUCCUCCCGCCACACACCAUGCCAUGAACCCCUAUCCGUAUCCAUACCCCUACCAGCAUCAAUACCAGUACCAGUACCAGCAGCAUGAGGACAAAACCCACCUAAACCCACCCUCCGGCGCCGCCGCAGCCUAA